ACGAUCAACCAGUGACAAAUGCGAGUGAUCAACAACAGCAGUCAAAGCAAUACGCAUUGAGAGGCAUUUUCUUAUCUUGAAUUAUUUGUGUCUUUCCGUACAAACUGAAAAAUGAUUAUCACACCAAAACUCAGUGUUUUAGUUUCAAUAGUCAGUAUAUAUUUUGCAUGUAUAAGUUUUGCUCUUGAACAGUCGUACUUCGAUAAAAGAACAUCGAUAUUAAAACAUACCAAAGUGACUUAUAGAAAAAAACCGAAGCGUUCAAAUGUUCCAGAUGAGUAUUAUGAUAAACCACGACCUUACAAACACAACUUCAAAAGACUUAUCAAUGAACCAGAUCUCUGUUCUAGGCAUGAACGACUUUUACUUCUCUAUAUUGUUAGAAGCUUUCACACCAAUUUUGGUCGUCGGGAAAUACUAAGAGAAAUAUUCCAGGAUAUUCCGCAUGAUCCUUACUCAAAAAAUAUAAUUGUUAGACAUGUUUUCAUAUUUGGUAAAACAAAAAAUUCUACAUUAGAAUCCUUAAUUCAGAACGAGGGUAAUGAGUAUAGAGAUAUCAUUCAGGAAGAUUUUAUGGAGUCCUACACUAAUAUUUCAUUAAAAACAAUAAUGGCGUGGAAAUGGAGUGUAGAAUUUUGUGGUAACGCUGAUUAUGUGAUGGUCAUGAACGAUGAACUUUUUGUAGAUCAAUACAAAUUGGUGCCUUAUCUCCAUUAUCAGUUGCUUCAAUCAACACGUAAAGAUCGUUUUGUAGCCUGUUACUGAUAUGAAGAUUCAGGAGAUGUAAAAUUCUUUCACGAAGUGAAACACGUUCCUCAGAAUAUUCUUUACAAAGGAAAGCGCUUUCCCCGAUUUUGUAAUGGCGUGGGUUAUGUGGCACAUAUUUUUCUAAUUAAUAAACUGUAUAUUGCUGCGUUGGACAACCAUGUUUUUAUGCCUGAUGAUGCUUGGAAUGGACUUUUAGCAGAAAAAUUGAAUAUAGAGCUACCUUACUCAAAUAAAUUUUAUGAAUUUUACAAUCCUAUUCAGAAAUUUUCUUCACCUGAUUAUGAGUCAAGUGUUAUAAUGUUUGCAGUAACUGAUAAGAGAAGUAAUAGGAAUCACGUGGACGCUAUAGAAGAAAAACUUUUAACCAUUUUUGCUAAUCGCAGCGCCAAGAACCAAGGAGAAAUUUUGUAUAUUGAACAUAAUACAGACGAAAUAUCUUAUAUUCGUGUGUGGCUGAUAAUUAUAGCAAUAAUCCUAUGUUUUGUACUUUACGAAACAAGAAAAUAUUUUCGAAGGUUCUCAAUUAUAUAUUUCAAAAUUUGACAUUUAUGUAAGUUUUUUUAAUAUGAUUUAUAAAUACAAUUCAUAAAAUAUGUUGGUAUUAAUGGAAACGAG